AUGUUUGUGUUGCCUUCACACGUGCUGCUAACCCAAGUGCUCACAAAAGUGUUAGUUCUGGCUAGUGGAAGGGCAGCACAGAGGGUGCAGACGUGCUCCAGUGUGGAAACAGAUGCUGAAGCAAUGAAAGCAAAUGGAAAGAGUGACCUCAGUGUUUACAUCAAACCAGUCAGCGAGUGUGUCCCAGAUACUCAUGACCGAACUAGAUUAUUUGCUUACCUGAUGAGUAAAAUGCUCCCCUUUUUAGAUACUGGAUACUUCUUUUAUCACAAUGGCAUUGCUAAGGCCAGGAGAAGGCGCAGUCUUCAACACAAGCUUCAUCUGGAAAAGGAUUCCAGGGUAAGGAAAGCUGUGCAACAGGAAGGCUUCAGCAGAAGGAAGCGAGGAUACAGAGACAUCAAUGAUAUUGACAUCAACAUGAAUGAUCCUUUAUUUACAAAGCAAUGGUACCUGAUUAACACUGGUCAAGCAGAUGGGACUCCUGGACUUGACCUUAAUGUAGCUGAAGCAUGGGAGCUGGGAUACACGGGGAAGGGAGUAACCAUAGGAAUUAUGGAUGAUGGAAUUGAUUAUCUGCAUCCUGAUCUUGCAUCAAAUUACAAUGCCAAAGCCAGCUAUGACUUCAGCAGUAACGAUCCCUACCCCUACCCCCGCUAUACAGAUGACUGGUUUAACAGCCAUGGGACAAGGUGUGCAGGAGAGGUGUCGGCUGCUGCCAACAACAACAUCUGCGGCGUGGGAGUUGCGUACAACUCCAAGGUGGCAGGUAUUCGAAUGCUUGACCAGCCAUUUAUGACAGAUAUUAUCGAGGCUUCCUCUAUCAGUCAUAUGCCUCAAGUCAUAGAUAUAUAUAGUGCCAGCUGGGGACCAACUGAUAAUGGAAAGACUGUGGAUGGACCUAGAGAGCUAACACUGCAAGCAAUGGCAGAUGGUGUGAACAAGGGCCGGGGUGGCAAAGGAAGCAUCUAUGUCUGGGCCUCUGGAGAUGGGGGCAGCUACGAUGACUGUAACUGUGAUGGUUACGCAUCAAGCAUGUGGACAAUUUCCAUCAAUUCUGCUAUAAAUGAUGGACGGACAGCUCUGUAUGAUGAAAGCUGCUCUUCAACCUUAGCGUCUACCUUUAGUAAUGGGAGGAAGAGAAAUCCGGAGGCUGGCGUGGCUACAACGGAUUUGUAUGGCAACUGCACCCUGCGUCACUCAGGAACAUCUGCAGCUGCCCCUGAAGCAGCCGGAGUGUUUGCCUUGGCCCUGGAGGCUAACUUGGAUCUGACAUGGAGAGACAUGCAGCAUCUGACAGUGCUCACCUCGAAGAGGAACCAGCUUCACGAUGAGGUUCAUCAGUGGCGUAGAAAUGGCGUUGGGCUGGAAUUCAACCAUUUGUUUGGUUAUGGUGUCCUAGAUGCAGGAGCAAUGGUUAAGAUGGCGAAAGACUGGAAGACUGUUCCCGAAAGAUUCCAUUGUGUUGGAGGGUCAAUACAGGAACCUGAAAAGAUACCACCAAGUGGCAAGCUGGUCCUCACACUUACAACCGAUGCUUGUGAGGGGAAGGAAAACUUUGUCCGAUACCUUGAACACGUCCAAGCAGUUAUAACUGUGAAUUCCACUAGGCGAGGAGACCUCAACAUCAACAUGACCUCGCCAAUGGGAACAAAGUCCAUUUUACUGAGCCGGCGCCCCAGGGAUGACGACUCCAAGGUGGGUUUUGACAAAUGGCCUUUCAUGACCACACACACUUGGGGAGAAGACCCACGAGGCACCUGGGCUCUGGAGAUUGGGUUUGUCGGCAGCCUGCCCCAGCGGGGCGUGCUGAAGGAGUGGACACUGAUGCUGCACGGGACUCAGAGCGCACCCUAUAUAGACCAAAUAGUAAAAGAUUAUCAGUCCAAACUGGCCAUGUCCAAGAAGGAAGAGCUGGAAGAAGAAUUAGAUGAAGCAGUGGAGAGAAGCCUGAAGAGUAUACUGAGCAAGAACUAGCACUGUUCUGCAUGAUGGUGUCUUUCCUUCCCCAGAUCCCUCUACUCACCUUUCUACUAUCCAAACCUCUGUGUUAGACAUAUUACAAUGAUUGUCUCUGUAGCCAAAUUAUCACACUUCCUUGAUUUUAAAGUCUUACAUCUCAUCAUUAAUUAUUUUAAUUACCACCGAAGCAAUCCUUUUUGUACUCUAAGCCACAAAUACACUGUCCCCCACUGAAUACUGUGUACAGUUUGUGACUGUAAAUGAUUUUUCUUUUGUGUCAUACGAAUAGGUAUUCACCUGCAACAAAGUUGAUGGCUUUUCCUUUCAUAUUUUUGUGGUAAAUGUUGUUUGUAUUUAAAAAAAAAAGAGUGAAUUUUAACAUUGACAGUUGGUGAUAAUGGGCACUUUUUAAAAAAUUAUUGUGAGAGAGGGAAUCACAAUGAGGUUGGCUGGAGAGGUCUUUGAAAGUCAAACAGCUCCUUCUGCAUCGUUGACUUCAGUGGGACUCUUCCCCAUUGGGUUCAACCAAAGUAGCACUAGACCCUACAAAAAGAAAUAAUCCAGAGAUGAGGAAAACUUACCAAUCAAAUUUGUAGAAAUUCAAUUCUAAGAGUUUUCUUUAAUGUAUACACUUAACACAACAUACACACUAACACUUCAGACACAGAUUGGGUCAACAGGCAUGCAAUAAGGAAGGCAAAGCGAUGCCAAAGCUGGGUGACAUGGGGAAGUGCUCUGCAAACAGGGUCAGGGCAUUCUAGAAGCACAAGUUUCAGGUGUUUUGUUGAGUUUUUUUAAAAUUUUGGCGAUUUAAAUUAAGUUACUAUCUUACAGCAGAACAAGCACAUAGGGAAUGAGCUGUAGGAUUUCUGGCAACCUGUGUGCAAAAGUGCAUCUGCUCGUCUCUACACUGAGAUGUACUACAGCAGCGUAAGAUGAGGCUGUGUCAGCAUGUCCAACCACAGACCCCUGUUUUCUGGGGUUUACAACCUGGCUGUCAGUAAAUUGCUGUGGGAGAAAUUUGAAGUAUGCAGUUUCAGUCCCAAAGCAAUUUUUUAUUCAAAUUUGAUUUUUAAAAAGAGAUUUGUUAUUUUUAUGUUAUACAAAUAUAUUUAAUAUGCCUAAGUUAUUAAUGUGUAAUGUAAAGUUGGCCUUCUUGGGAAAUAAAAUGUAGUGUGUUUGGGAAGAUUUUUGAUAAUCAUUGCUCUUUGCUGUUUAAAGAGUCAGUCCCACCUUCACCUUUCACACAUGAGUAAAGUCAGUCUCUCU